AAUAAUUUAUUUUAGUUUUAAAACUGUGGAAAAUAUAUAAUCACAUAAAAUAAUAUAUUUGGAAUCAGAUUUUAAUAUAUUUUUAAUCUAUGAAAAUAUAUAAUUACAUAAAAUAAUAUAUUUAUACUCAAAAUUUAAUAUACCUUUCAAUAUGUGUGAAAGUAUGAAAUAAUAUAUUUUUUGAAAGAAAAAGAGAAUAUUUCGUUUGAAAUAAAUGUUGAGUUAUCUUAAUACUCAUUUUGUUUCAAUUUAACUGUCGUUUCGGGUUUGUGCACACAAAUUAAGGAAAAAAUUAAUUUUGUAUAUUUAUUAUAUAAAAACAUAAUUACUUAUACAUUUAUGUCACCUAAUCAUAUUUCAACCGAUAGAAAAAUAAAUUGUUAAAUAAAAAUAAUAAAUUUUACAAUAAAAAUCGAAAACAACAUUUAUUUUGUAACGAAAAAAUAUUCUACAACGACAUUUAAUAUGAAUCGGAAGGAGUAUAAUAUAAUAUUAAAUCAUUUUUAUGAAUAUCAAAUCUUAUAAUAAUUUUUAGUCCCUUUUCGAUAAAAUUAAUUUUAUAUUAUAUGUUUCCAACAUUCAACGCAUCAUUAUAUACUGUUUAUAAAUAUUGUUUUAUAUGGAGAGUUGUAUAAAUAUUUUUAAUCCCUUUUCGAUAACUAUUUUUUUAUAUGAAAUACUUGAAUAAGGCAUUAAUCUUUUUGUUUUACCAUAGUUGGAAAUGCAAAGUAAAAUUUACAAAAUUCGUAAGAAUUUCAGUUAUCCAAUAACUAUAAAGUAUUAGAUUAAUGGUUAUUUUCAAAGGAUUUUUGAUGGAGCACUAUCACUAAAUUUCAGUGUUUUAAAAUCUGCAUGGAAUCAAUGUUUAGAUCGAUUUAAACUAUGAAUCAGAAACAUAUCCAAGUUAAAAGAAUACAAAUAUUUGAAAUUUAUUGUCAAAUAUCAAUUUUGGUAAUUGUUUUUGUCUUUUAAAUUAUACAAAUAAAUCUUAACUCACAAUUUAUAAAUAUUUAAAGUCCAACUAUUAAUUUUAUAUUUGAAAUCAAAUACUAAUUUUAUAUUUAUUUUCACUUGAACCGUACUUAAAUUUUAUUUUAUCAUUAUUAAAAACUUUGAUAACUAAAUUUAAUUAUGAUUGUAAAUUUAUCAAAGAUAACUGAUAAAACAUUUAGAUUUAGCUAUCUUUUUAUUCUGUGAUUAAACUCAAUUGAAUUUGGUUGAACCCGAUUAAAUCCAAGCAAACCAUAUUACUUCAUGGUCUGAAAAAUUCUGGUUUCAGAUUCAGUUUACAAAACAUUGCUAAAUUCUGUUGAAAAUUAAUGCAAAUUCUAUACUACCAUUUGAUAUCCAUUAAAAAUCAUGAUGAGAAAGAUGAUUUACCAAAAUUCUAAAUGGAUAUUUAGUGGAUAACGAAUUUAGAGUAUUUUUUUUUUUUGUAAAAAAACGAAUUUAGAGUAUUUAGGGCAUGUAUAUUUAGCUAAUUGACUCUUCUUAUUCGAUAUGAAUCUGUAUGUGUUGGUGAUAAAAAAAAAGCUCUUCUUAUUCGUUUUUCAGCAUGGGUUUGUUAUAAAUUCCGUUGUUACCCGAUUACCAUCAACAGUUGUCAUUUUCUCACAUAACUUUCUUUAUCCGUCUCAUCAUGUAAAGAAGUUUUCUACGGAUGAAUACUCUUCAUAAUCAUAGACUAAAUUCAACCACUAUUCUAUCAACACCCGAACACAUCUAAUCUUCCACGAGAUUAUCCAUACAGUGAUACAGAGAAUCCAGAAUUCCAAAUAUUUCCUAAUAUAAACGUUGUUAACUUAUCAGAAAUUGAAUUACGAAAAUUACCUGCGAAACUACUAACAGAAGAAUUUUAUUCUUGAAGAGAAAGAUAAUCUUACAAGUAACAACCAUUGACUCGUUUAUAUUUGUAUAUUUAGAUGAAGAAAAAAUAAUAGUAUCGUAAUCUAUAUCCAUCCAACUGUAUUCACAAAGAAAUGAUGUAUUAUGAUCGAAUUAUUCAUGCUAGAAUUUGUCAUGGGUCGGUGAACUUAAAUUACACAUCUAAGAGCCACAUUAAAAAAAACCGGGCAAUAAAUACAAAAACGGAGAAAAACAAGGGUUAACCUGAAAAUUAAAGUAAAUAACUAAACUUCAAAACGUGUAAUAAAGAAGACAAAAGAAUCUUUGAAAAACAUGCAUACAACUAACUCAGUCGUUCAUUACCACAGCUUUGUGUCUUCCCCGCACGAUCCGAUCCGAUCCGAUCCGUACAUAAACAUUCCCUCCAUAACCCAAGUUACUAAAAAAAAAAAAAGAAACAGAGCAAGUUUCUAAAUCUACAAAAAAGACCCCCUCCUUUUUUGACUGGUCAUCGUUUCAAAGGUAAAGCUUGACGACCUCUCUUCUUCUUUCUUUCUUUCUCUUCAUCAAGAUUUUGGAUUAAUGAUUCUGAGUUUCAGGGAUUUUACUUGAAGAAGAAGAAGAAGCCAUGGGUAUUGAUGCUAAAGAUGUCUGCGUUAUCGUCUGGAAAGUGAUCAGAUUUUCAACGAACACAACGUGCAGAUACGUCAAGAGAUACCCAGUUGCUUCUUGUGUUUCUGCGUUUGUGAUCUUCUUGUACACUUUCCUUCCUUGGAUCUUCUAUUUCAUCAUCUGUUCUUCUCCGUUCAUAGCUUGUGCUUCGUUCUAUCUUCGGAAUCAUCUGAAUGGUGAGGAGGAGCAGAGGAGAGAUCGUGGGUCGAGGGAGGGGAGAACAGAGAAGGCUGAGUUAAAGCACCAAAGAAGUGUUCGACGAAACGCGAGAAGGGAAGUGGAAGAGGUCGGGAAAGAUUGGGACUCGUCUCAAGCUAGCGAGGACGAGAGAGGGAAAGUUAUUCUCACAACUCUCUACGGAGAAUUACCACCGGAGACUAUCACUCCAGAUCUGGAGAGUUUCAAGAGAGACACGAAGUUGCUUGGACCGGAAGAAAGCUUCGUUGAGUCUAACCUCGACAACGAAGACUAUGUCGUUGUACAAGAUCCUUUGGAGAGGGUUUGUGAUGGUGAAACUGAACUAGAAUGGUCAUCAUCAUCAUCAUCAGAAGAGGAAGAAGAAGAAGAAGAAGAAGAAGAGAAAGAAACAAACACGGUCAUAGUAGCGUGGACAGAGGAUGACCAGAAGAACCUAAUGGAUCUAGGAACAUCCGAUAUCGAAAGAAACAAGAGGUUAGAGAACUUGAUGACAAGAAGACGGUCAAGGAGAUUGUUCCUACUUGCAGCUGAGAGAAGCCUGAUGGAUAUGGAAGUUCCUAGGAUCUGCAUAGGUCGAAACUACUAUGGUUUGGAUAGAGACAACUACGAAGCGGAUGGAGUUCUCAUGCCAGGAUCUGCACCUUCCGUUAUGUUACCGAGAAGAAACCCAUUUGACCUUCCUUAUGACCCACAGGAAGAGAAGCCGAACCUUACAGGAGAUAGUUUCCAGCAAGAGUUUGCAGAUGCUAACCCUAAAGACAUCUUCUUUUCUCGCCAUGAGAGCUUCCACCACAGAAUCUUCCCUUCAGAGUCUCAAAAUGAUUAUAAUCUAGAGUCAUUGUGGAGAAAAACACUUGAUGGUAGGCCUAAGCCACUGCAAGGUAGCAAUGAUCAACUUCCUCUAAUGAAAGAAAGUGAUGUGGAGGCAGGGGAGGUACGGAUAGAGACUGAUUCGAUCAGAAACGAUGAUAGUGACUCGAACACAACGUUUUCUCCGAGAGAAAGAGAGAAAGAUUUCAAUGUUUCAGACCAGUCAGAUGCUUCUGAAACUUUCUGCAAACGAAAUGAAGAUCGUGUUGGAAAAUCUCUAGCAGGUUUAGUGCCUAGAAGCGGCGGUUCUAGUUCAAGGGCGAACGCGAGGCAAAGAUACAUGGAGCACUUUGGUUACAGCAUAAAGAGAAAUCAUGUGUCAACACAUUCCGUUGACUCUGAUCUUCAAGUUGAGGUGUCUGAACUCGGAUCACCUCCAAGUUCAGUUGAUGGGAAUGACUCCUCCUCUGAUGAAGAGAGAUCUUUGUUUGGUUAUGAAUCUGAGAUUGGUAAGGAAAUGGGUUUUUAUGGUGAGGAAAGUGGAAUGUUACCUAUGGGAAAACUUGAUCAAGAAGUAAAUGAAACAAAGUAUUUAGCUUCUCCAGAAAUUGAAGAAUCAGGAAAGUUGGAGCCUAUGGAUUUGAAGAAACUUCCGGGAAACUCAGCUGAUGAGAUAAAGAUGAGUUAUGACUCUGAUGAGCCUGAACCAUCCGAGAGGACUUAUCAAGAAUCUGAAGAGCCAAGUGUUAGAAAUGACCAAGAAGUGAUGCAACAACUACCAGAAGCUGAAGCUUCUGAUGUAAAUCAUCAUGGAAACCCUGAAGAUUUUGCUGCUUCUCCAACAUCAGUAUUAGAAGACAUGUUGCCUUUAAGUCAUACUCAUUCGGAGGAUCUUGAUCAUACAUCAGAUGGUCUUCUGCCGAAUGUGGAUGCACCCGCAGAAUCAUCUAGUAAUCAAUCAAAUGAACAAUCUGAUCCAACCGGGGAAACUACAGUAGAAACCGUUUGCUUGAAUGCCACGGAAACAGUUCAGGAGAAGCAAGAGGGAUCUGAAGAACCAUUAAUCAAUGAUGAGUCUAAAUCUGCAGAAGACCGCAGAUCACUGUCCACGGAUGCAUCAGCUGAAGAACUCAAUAGCCAUAAUAAUUAAUUGAUGAAAUGUUUUGAUGCAGAAAGUUUUAUUCGCAUUCUCACGGAAAAGUCAAUGAAGGGAACACCAGUUUAACUUGGUUUAUAGAAUCAAACACCAAUAUAGCUGCAGAGGCCAGUUUUGCAGGUGUUAAUUUAUGACUGACUAUAUGAGUACAAGAAAUGGAGAAAUGAUAAGAUAUUUGUGGAUAGGAGAUUUAUGUUUGUGUUGCAUUAUCAAAUGCAGACUUUUGUUUUAAAAAAAAGGUAUAGCGAGAGAAUGUAUAGGUUUCUUGUGGGUGUGUUUUGCUUCCUUAGAGCGCACGGCAACUAAGGAGAUGCUCUUAUACAUGUAUGUUUUGUUCGGCUAUAUUCUUAGAUAAUUUCGUGCAAUAAACACUUUUCUUGGGAAAUCAUAAAAUAAAAUAAGUUAUGAAAUUUUUUUGUUC